AUGCCCGUUGCUUAUCAAAAUAUCCCAUCUGCUUUAACUGGUGGAAGUAAAUACAAAGUUGAUCAAAAAGGUGGAAUUACCCUUGAUGAUGCUUCAAAAGAGAAAUUAAAUAAACAAUCAAUCCCUUAUUUACCAAGUUGGAGAAAAAAUGAAAAAUAUGAACCAUAUGAAUUUAUUGAAUAUCAUGAUCGUGCAUUAAAAGCUGAUAAAGAUCUUACAAAUUUAUUUCCAAAAGAUGGUAAAUAUGAACUUGAAAAUCUUUCUCCAAAAUUUGGAACUGAAAUUAAAGGUAUUCAAUUAAGUGAAUUAAAUGAUGCUGCAAAAGAUGAACUUGCUUUAUUGGCUUCUCAAAGAGGUGUUUUAGUUUUUAGAGAUCAAGAUCUAAUUGAAAAGGGACCUAAGGCAUUCACUGAUUUUGCUAAACAUUAUGGUGAACUUCAUAUUCAUCCAACUUCUGGUGCUCCAAAAGAAUUUCCUGAAAUCCAUAGCGUUUUGACCGGAAAUACCGAUGAAAAUCCUUUUUCAACGAAGAACAGCUUGAUACUGUUCCAUAGCGAUGUUAGUUACGAGCUCAAUCCCACUGGUAUUUCACUAUUAUCAGUCACUAAUAAUCCGAAGGCCGGUGGUGAUACCGUGUUUGCCGAUGCUAGAGAGGCUUAUAACCGUUUAUCUCCCUUAUUCAGAGAAAAAUUGGAAGACGUUUAUGCUUUACAUACUGCGGUACCUCAAGCAAACCUUGCAAUUGUUAAAGGCGGUGUUGUUAAAAGACAUCCUGUUGAGAAUAUUCAUCCAAUUAUUAGAACUACUCCAACUGGUGAUAAAGUGUUGUAUGUUAAUAGUGCAUUCACUAAGAGCAUUGUUGGAUUGAAAGCAGAGGAAUCUGAAUUUUUGUUAAAAUUUUUGUUGGAUCAUAUUUCGGGUGGUCAUGACUUUCAAAUCAGAGUUAAUUGGAAACCUAAUAGCGUGGUGGUAUGGGAUAAUAGAAUUUCUUCACAUUCAGCCAUCUUAGAUUUCGAUACCAAUGAACCUAGAUUAAUCAUCAGAGCUGCUGCAAGAGCAGAAAGGCCAGUCAACAAUUUGGCAAAUUUAAACAAGCCCGACGAAAAUAAUGUUUAUGAAGGUCCCGAGUAUUUAGGAAAUAGAGUUGAACCUGGUUCAGCGAAGGCUUAA